AUGAACUUUCAUCUACAAGAUGGUAUAGAGAAGGGUCUUGUGGAAAAUGAUAAGAAAGACCACGGGGAGGACGAGAGGAAUGAUCACGAACAGGACGGGAGGAAUGAUCACGUGGAGGUCGAACCUCUGGCGAUGACUCACGAGACCUGGAAAACUGAACUUCAAGUUUGUCUCAAGGGGAAGUUUUAUAAAGCGGUGGUUAGACCUGCCAUGUUGUAUGGGGUGGAAUGUUGGCCUGUGAAGAACUCUCAUGUCCAGAGAAUGAAAGUUGCGGAGAUGAGGAUGCUCAGGUGGAUGUGCGGGCUCACCAGGUUAGAUAAGAUUAAGAAUGAAGUUAUUCGGGAGAAGGUGGGAGUGGCCCCAGUAGAUGAGAAGAUGCGAGAAGCGAGACUCAUGUGGUUUGGGCAUGUGCGGAGGAGAAGCCCUGAUGCCCCGGUGAGGAGUUGUGAGCGAUUGGCGGUGGUUGGCGCGAGUCGAGGCAGAGGGAGGCCUAAGAGGUAUUGGGGUGAGGUGAUUAGGCAGGAUAUGGCUAAAAUGAGGAUUUCCGAGGACAUGACCCUUGAUAGGAAAGUCUGGAGGUCUAGUAUUAGGGUUGUAGGAUAG